CAAGUUGCCCCAGUCUGAGACGAUGUUUAUAUAUAGGUUAAACUUCGUCACUUUAGUUUUAACAUUAGAGGACAAAAUCCUGCCUUAGCAAUGGGAUUUUCACACGCAUUCCUCCCUAACGUAACAAUUAAACCAGCCAUGGUGCUAACGCAACAGUCAAAUGAGUGAAAACAGCGUGGGGGCCAUGCCGGGCGUGGCAGGGGCUGGGGAGCGGCGCCUCCGCCAGCUGGAGGCCCUGUUCCUUGGGGGGCCCGUGUUGGCAAAGGGGCAGAGCUUCAGCAUUGAAACCCUCAUCGACAUCCUCAUCGUUCUGUACGAUGAGUGCUGUAAUUCUAGUUUACGUAAAGAGAAAACGGUGUCGGAUUUUAUAGAAUAUGUGAAACCUGUAGCUUCUUCAGUAAAGUCUCUUAGGCUAACUAGGGAAGAUUUCGAGAUAAUUAAAGUCAUUGGUAGGGGGGCUUUCGGUGAAGUUUGCGUAGUUAAAUUUAGAGGUUCAGAGAAAGUGUUCGCAAUGAAAAUUCUUAACAAGUGGGAGAUGCUUAAAAGGGCGGAAACUGCGUGUUUUAAGGAGGAGAGAGAUGUUUUAGUGUAUGGAGAUAGGAGGUGGAUUACGCACUUACAUUAUGCAUUUCAAGAUGAGUCUAAUUUGUAUUUAGUGAUGGAUUAUUAUUGUGGGGGCGAUUUAUUGACGCUGUUGAGUAAAUUUGAGGACCGUCUUCCGGAAGAUAUGGCGCGAUUUUACAUUGCUGAAAUGGUUUUAGCCAUAGAUUCGAUACAUAAGCUUGGAUAUGUACACAGAGACAUUAAACCCGACAACGUGUUAUUGGACGCAAAUGGCCAUAUUAGACUAGCAGAUUUUGGUAGUUGUUUGAAAUUAAAUGACGAUGGAACAGUGCAGUCCAAUGUUGCUGUUGGAACCCCUGAUUAUAUCUCCCCAGAGAUACUCAGAGCAAUGGAGGACGGUCAAGGCAAAUACGGUCCAGAGUGUGACUGGUGGUCUCUAGGUGUUUGCAUGUAUGAAAUGUUGUUUGGUGAAACACCGUUUUACGCCGAAAGCUUGGUCGAAACUUACGGGAAGAUAAUGAACCAUAAAAACUGUUUUGAUUUUGCGACUGAUGUUGAUGUGUCUGAUGCGGCGAAAGAUUUAAUCAAGCAGUUAAUUUGUAGUCAAGAAUUUCGUUUAGGACAGAAUGGAAUACAGGAUUUUAAGAACCAUCCAUGGUUUGAGGGUGUCGACUGGGAUGGUAUUAGAGAUAGUAACGCGCCUUAUAUUCCCGAAGUUUCGAGUCCAACAGAUACAUCAAAUUUUGACGUAGACGAUGCUGAUAUCCGACUGUCGGAUGCCAUGCCGCCAACUGCCAAUAAUGCCUUUACCGGACUUCAUUUGCCUUUUGUAGGCUUUACUUUCACUCAAGGAAGUUGUAUAUGCGACUUGAGUAACCUUUAUACGAAUAUAACGAACAAUCUAGCGGACAAGCAAAGUAAACGAAAUAAUGGCGAAAUUGUGAGUUUGAAUUUGAACGAAGAAAAGGAAAUGGAUAAGAGAAUGUCGCCUGACGGCACUAGGAAAUUGCAAGAUGAAAUUAACACUUUAACUAAACGUAACUGCGAGCUGGAGUCGCAAUUGCGAAGCUUCGAAAGCGGUCAUUCGAAGGAUUUGUUCAUUGAUACUUUAGAUGGUGCUGAAAAUGCAAAAGUGAAAGAAUUGGAAAAACUGAACCGUAUUUUAAAACAAGAGAAGGAAGAAGCAAUGAAGGAGAAGUUAGACCUUCAUGAAAAACUCAAAUUUCAAGACAAGGAAUUGAAAGAUGCGUUGGCACAAAAGAAACUGGCCAUGGCCGAGUAUACGGAGGUUUCCGAUAAGUUGUCCGAACUGCGACAACAGAAGCAGAAAUUUAGCAGACAGGUUAGGGACAAGGAGGAGGAAUUGGAAGCCGUUAUGCAGAAAGUUGAUUCGCUCAGAAACGACAUAAGACGGGCGGAGAAAUUGAGAAGGGAGUUGGAAUCUCGCGUUGAUGAAGCUCUAGCUGAAGCAACGAAGGAAAGGAAGUUGAGGGAACGCUCGGAGGAGUACUGUCGGCAAAUGCAGGCAGAGUCGGAUCGGUUGAGAGUGAGGAGUGAGCUAGGGCCCAGAGACCAACAAGAUAAUUUAAGGCUAAAAGCAGAACUGGAAAAAUUGGAGGUUCAGUACAACGAAAGUUUGGCGCAACAACAGGCCAGGUUCAAUCUGGAAUUAUCCUCACUUAGGGAACAACUCCACGAAGCCGAGUCCCAUCGCGAACUCCUCGAACGCGAAGUGACUGAACUUAAAGAAAAACAAGAGAAACACCGUGUAGAGGCGCUUUCCGAUUCUGAACAAAUGAUUGCCGAAUUGAAUCGUCGAAGCGAACGCGACAAACAACUUUUGUUGGACGAUAAUCAUAAACUUACCGCAAAUGUUGAGUUUCUGACUGAAUCUGUGGAGCGCUUGCAAUCGGAACGCGCGACUUUAGAAGCGGAAUACGAACAGUUGAGGAACAAACAAGAAGCGUUGGGACAAUGGGAGUCGCAACUUGCCGAGAUUAUACAGUGGGUUAGUGAUGAAAAGGAUGCUAGGGCUUAUUUGCAAGCGCUGGCUACGAAAAUGACUGAAGAAUUGGAUUAUUUGAAACAUGCUGGUGUUUCAAAUGCGAUGGGUGGCACUGAUAAGAAUUGGAGGAACCGAAGGUCGCAAAAACUGGACAAGAUGGAGCUCCUCAACCUUCAGAGCUCACUACAGUCGGAAAUUCAAGCCAAGCAAGCUAUAAGCGAGGAGUUGAGCAAAACAAGAGAGGCCUUAUUAGAAGCGCAAAAAGAUCUGAGAGAUUCGAGGCAGCGAAACGAGGCCUUUGCCUUGGAUCUCAAAAGGAAGGAGAAACAAAUCAAGGAGUUGCAAAGUCGUCUUGAUUCGGAAGGAUCAAGUGUUGUUGGAAUUUCGUCUUUCAUCAAGCGUCACGUCAAGGUUUUGGAACGCCCUUCGUCCCAGAUGUCUUACUUGGAACAAUUCCUCAAGGAAAACAAUCAGUUGCAAGUCCAAAGUCAAACUUACGACAACGUGCCCCCACUUUUGUACCAAGGAGGCUCGAUAGAGUCUGAGGAAGGCGAUAUCGAAGACAACCGAGCUUUAAGUUUGACGAGUUCUAAGAGUAACUUGUCUGAACUCAGCAUGCAGCACGAUUCCCAGUCUCCAAUGAAACACAAAAACCAUCAAUUUUUGGUGCGAACUUUUUCUAGUCCUACAAAAUGCAAUCACUGCACGUCAUUGAUGGUCGGUUUGAUGCGACAAGGAAUGGUGUGCGAGAUUUGCGGGUUUACCUGUCACACGUCGUGUUGUCCACAUGUGCCGGCAAUUUGUCCGUUACCGUCAGAUCAGACCAAGAGACCGCUGGGGAUUGACCCCACUAGAGGCAUAGGAACUGCUUACGAGGGCUACGUCAAAGUGCCCAAGCAAGGAGGUGUCAAAAAGGGUUGGAUCAGACAAUUUGUUGUUGUUUGUGACUUCAAACUGUUUUUAUACGACAUAUCAGCAGAUCGAAAUGCCUUACCAAGUGUUCACGUAGCUCAAGUUUUAGAUAUGAGGGAUCCACUGUUUAGUGUUUCUAGCGUUAAGGAUUCUGACGUCAUCCACGCCAACAAAAAGGACAUUCCUUGCAUCUUCAAGAUCACCACCUCCUUGAUGGAGCCCCCGGGCCCGCGCAACUCCACCCUGAUGUUGGCCGACUCCGAAGCCGAAAAGAACAAAUGGGUGGUCGCCCUCUCCGAACUCCAUCGAAUAAUGAAGCGAAACAAUUUACCCAACACUACGGUGUUACUAGCGCGCGAAUUGAUCGAUAACUCCCUAACUUUGCUAAGAAACACACUAAGUGCUGCGAUUAUCGACCCAGAUCGCAUAGUCCUAGGCGCCGAAGAAGGACUUCACUGUGUCGAUCUAGACCGCAGCGAGAUUGCGAAAAUCGGCGAAGGCAAAAAGAUCUUCCAACUGGAGUAUAUCAGUGAGGAGCACCUGUUGGUCGUGGUCAGUGGUAAACAGAGAUACGUACGGUUGGUCCCCAUCAGAGCACUGGACGGCGAUGAGACUGAAUGGAUCAAAGUGGCGGAGAGUAAAGGGUGUUCGGUGCUGACGGUGGGGCCUGUUGUGAGGGCGCCCUUAACGUUCUGUCUAUGUGUGGCGAUUAAAAAACAGCAAAAUUCCUCGACUGUUAUCAUAUACGAGAUAACGAGGACACGGACGCGACACCAUCGAAUUCGGGACAUAAAUCUGGGGGCGCCAGUUCAGUCCUUGCAGUUGUUGUCAGAUGGCCGACUUUGUAUCGGUUCUCCGUCGAAUUUUACGAUUUGUAAUCUACAAACUGAACAACCACUUUUUUCUUUGGUGAGUUCGGAGAAUCCACUACAUGCCACGCUGGCUUGUAAUGCAGUUGAGGCACUAAGAGUGAUAGAGUUGCCUCGGCAUGAAUACCUUCUAGUUUUUGGUACUUUGGCGGCUUAUGUUGAUAGACACGGCCGCAAAUCUCGUGAUAGGGAAAUAAUGUAUCCAGCAGUGCCGACAGCCAUAUGCUAUAGAGAUGGUCAUCUCAUCGUUUAUAGUGAGACCCAUAUCGAUAUUUUUAACUGUGCAACGGGAGAAUGGGUUCAAACUCUUAAUAUCAAGAAAGCAAAGCCUCUUAAUGAUAGUGGGGCACUUUCGUUGUGCAUUCUAAAUGAUUUAACUCAUCUGCUGUAUCUGUCUAAUAUACAUCAGCGUGAAUUAAUUAAUUUAGAUAAUGUGGUUACGUUAGAUAGAGACGGACGGACUUUGCAGAGACCGCGGAGGCGGUUUUCGCUGAGAGAGGGGAACAGGUCACAACGAAUAAACACGGACCGCCGGUCAAAACUGAUUUCGGCGCCGACAAACUUCAACCACAUAAGUCACAUGGGCCCCGGCGAGGGCAUACAGAGACAAAGACUGAUUGAUCUUUCGACGAACUUAGUUGAUACUCCUGAUCAGUCCUCCUACGGUCCUCAGGUGCAACCAAGACAGCCAACCAAGAUGGCGCCCCUGCCCCCGAAACACGGCGAACGCAAGCGUCUAGAAAUAUCAAACCCCAUUCGGGGGCCCCCUUUCCCGCCCGCGUACAACGGGGCCAAGCGGGCUGCGCCCCCGCGCCCGCGAGAUCUUCCACCGGCCUUGCCGCGCCCUUCCGACACGUCACCUUCCCCAGAUCCUGCGAGCAUUGGAAGCAUGUCGUCGCUGCACGAUAUGAUCAAGGGCACGGAGAAAGGCAGUCCUCGCCACUCGAUCGCGAGCAAUAACAGUUCAAACCUUUCGACUCCGCCGUCGCCCCAAGCAGAUCAUCAUAAUAGUUCGAGUUACGAUAGCUAAACGUCGCAUUCAAGACUUAUAAUAGUUGAAUAUGAUUAGACCUAACAUGUAUGUGCGAAAAUGUCUGACCUUAUGCGAAGUGUUCACGCACUUUGUAUAUUUGAACUUUUAGUUACCUCAACAAAAACGAAUAAAAUUUUAAACCGGUAUGACUUCAGUUGAUUGUAUUUAGUUUAACUAGUUAAGGUGGCACUGUACUUAUCUCUUCUUUUGUAAAUUUUGUGUAUUUUGUGUUGUUUAUAAAAUGCUACACUUGUAAAAUAAUUCGAGUCAAUUAAUUAACUGUUGUAAGAUUUAUUUUAUGUACUGCAAAUUGGAUGUUAUUAUUUAUAUCAGGCGCUAUUACUGCAGCAGAGUGUAAUACUGCCAAAAUUUUAAUUGAGAAUAUUUAUAUUUAUUUAUUGCUUUUUGUUUUUUAAUUUUUUAUUGAAAUUAUUUUGUACUAGUGAUAUUUAUUAGUAAGGUAUUUCGAUAUUCAUAUAGAUAAAUAUUUAUUACUGUAUAUGCAAGGUUUAGUACAAUUUUAUAUUAGUUUUCAACACACGGCAAGACAAUAUGGGUGUUUUAUCAGGUGGUAAAGCCAAUUUUAAUAUUUACAUUAUUAGAUUUUCUACUGUGACUUCAGGUUUAAGUAUUUAUCGGCAUAUUAGCGUUCAUUAGUUCAUAUUCACGUUAGGAAAGACAUUGUAUUGGUGCACUAAAUCUGCCUUUUCGUUUCGCGGUAGAAAGAACUUGUUUCCAUAAUAAUAUAGCAAAGGCAUUAUGUAACAUACUAGAUAACAUAUUUAUUUUAUUAAUAGAGUUAUUUAUAUUAACAAUGCGGAGGAUAUAGUAUUAUAACACUAAAACCAGCCUUUUAUUACGUUUAUUAACCAAACUUGUGUUGAGAACUUACAGUAUGUAUUUUAUUACACCAUUUUAACGACCACUUCCUUUCUAACUCGACUUACCUUUUUUAAUUGUAUUUAUUUCUUGCUGUAAUAAAGGUUUUAAUAUUU